AGAAAUAGGCGACAUUUACCUUGGACAUACUUCAGGAGGAACAACACAGCGUGGGUGGAACAGGGGCGUCCCCUCCAAUUGGGUUCUGCUUUCAAUCCACCCGCCUCCUCCUCCGUGAAUCCUGAGCUCUCCUCCCGCAGCAGCUGCUUCCGCAGCUUCACUGGAAACGCUCCAAUAUCUCACCCUUUUGUUUUACGUUCAAAUUUCUCCAAACAGCCAUUAAGAGGACAAGAGGGGCAGCCUUCACCUGCAGCUUCGACGCAAGUUUUUUGUUGUUGUUAUCGUAUCAAAAAAUCCCCCAUGCCUCAUUCAUGAUUUCUCGGAUCGCGCGGAUUCAACCUGCAGAUGCCCCCUGCAGCAGUCACAUGCCACUGGCUAAAUGUGACACACUCCCACCAGCCUGGCAAGAAAGGACUCAUGUGACCCCCCGCCGCCUCUGUUGAACAUCCCAGUUGAACAUGGGAUGUGGCACCUCUGUCGCCACGGAGACGCAAGUGAAGAGAGCUGAAGCAGAUGAGACUGUUAAGGCUCCCAGCCCGGCUCUGACUAUGAAAGCAGCCGUUUUGAUCCAGCGUUGGUAUCGGCGCUACAUGGCCCGUCUUGAGAUGAGACGCAGGUACACCUGGAACAUCUUUCAGUCCAUUGAAUAUGCCGGAGAACAGGACCAGCUACAGCUCUCCAGCUUCUUCAGUUUCAUGCUGGACAACUUCACUCAGCUGAAUGGAAACGGGCCAGAUUUGAUCUCCCAGCUGCUGGACCCAGUGGUCGACCCCUGGUUGGACCGAGAGACCUGCUACAACUUGAUCCCCGUUCCAGAGUCGUACGCCGGGCCCCGAAUAUCCUUCCCCCUCUCCAUCUCCGAUACAAACUCUCUCCUGAGUGCAUUUAAGGAGCAGCAGACUCUACACGCCAGAUAUGUUCUGCAGCUGCUGUACGAGACCAAAAAGCUCCUCAAGCAGAUGCCGAACAUCAUUCACUUGUCAACAUCCUACACCAAAGAGAUCACUGUAUGUGGCGAUCUGCACGGACGACUUGACGACCUACUGCUUAUAUUUUAUAAGAACGGGCUUCCCUCGGCGGAGACACCGUACGUGUUCAACGGGGACUUUGUGGACCGUGGGAAAAAGUCAGUUGAAGUGGUCAUCCUCCUGUUCGCCUACCUUCUGCUCUACCCUGACUACAUGCACCUGAACCGAGGAAACCACGAAGACCACAUAAUGAACCUCAGAUAUGGGUUCACAAAAGAAGUCAUGCAGAAGUAUAAGAUUCAUGGUCGUGAGAUCCUCCAACUAUUUCAGGACGUUUUCAGUCUCCUGCCAGUCGCUACGGUAAUUGACGGAAAAAUCCUGAUUGUUCACGGAGGGAUUUCAGACGAAACUGACCUGGACUUCCUCAGUUCAAUAGAGAGGCACAAGGUGAAGUCUGCACUGAGGUUUCCCAGACGGAGCUUGGAGCAGCUGGACAUUGGUCAGUCCUACAGACAACCAAAGACCAAGAGGAUGAGAUCCACAGACGGCUCUCGUCCCAGCAGCAGCCGCAGCCACAGCAGGAACCAAAGAACCCCCAACCCGAGAAAGAGGCGCUGUGGGCUGAGCCGACAAGACAGCGCCACCUCCACGACGUCUUCCUCCUCCUCGUCCUCGUCCUCCUCUUCGCUCUGCUCGCCUCGGACUCCAUCCUGCCUCUCGCCACGUCCGUGCCCGUCUUCUCCCUGCAUGCCUUACUCUGUCAAUAUCCUUCAAGUGCCUUUCCUGGACUCUUUGUCCUCUAUUCCCCCUCCGUCACCUCCGCAGCACGAACAAGAAUGGAAGCAGAUAGUGGACAUACUGUGGAGCGACCCCAAAACCCAAGACGGCUGCACCCCCAACACAUUCAGAGGCGGGGGCUGCUACUUUGGGCCCGACAUCACCCAGAAGCUGCUGCUCCAGCACGGACUCCAGCUGCUCAUCCGCUCCCACGAAUGCAAACAGGAGGGAUAUGAGCUGUGCCACAAUGGACAGGUCAUCACCAUCUUCUCCGCGUCAAACUACUACGAGGAGGGAAGCAACCGUGGCGCCUACAUCAAACUGGGCAGAGAACUGGUCCCUCGCUUCUACCAGUACCAAGUCAGCCGCACAACUCGCAAACUGACCCUGACACAGAGAGUACGAGCUGCUGAAGGCUCCGCCCUCAGGGCCUUAAAGGAGAAGCUGUUCGCCCAUCGCUCUGAGCUGAUGACGGGCUUCCAGCAGUACGACCAGAAUUACACCGGUAGUGUGUCGGUCAGUGAGUGGGCUCAGGUGUUGGAGUCUGUUCUGAGACUGGACCUUCCAUGGAGAACGCUUCGCCCACACUUAGCCCGUCUGGCACCAGAUGGCAGCGUAGAGUAUCAGUCGUGCUUCGAGGACAUGGGGCCGGGCAUUCCUCUGCCGCAGGUCACUCCAAACUUGGCUGAAACUCUGUUCAGAUACAGGACAGACAUUGAGAUUAUCUUCAACAUCAUAGACAAAGACCAUUCUGGUCUGAUCUCCAUCGAGGAGUUUCGUCACACCUGGCGCCUUUUCAGCGCUCACCUGGGCGUCGCCAUUGACGACAGGGCCAUCGACGACCUGGCCCGGAGUAUUGACUUCAAUAAGGACGGCAGUAUUGACUUCACCGAGUUUCUAGAGGCCUUCAGAGUGGUGCACAAACUGGACGGCAAGGAUCAGCAACUCGGCGAAAAGAUGGAUGGAGAGAAGUAUUCAUGACGAGUAUUUAACUAUGGAAGUAACUAACGGGGAGAAGCACGAGCGCGGCGGCGUAACUUAAGCUUGAGCUUUAACUUGAGAUUUCAGCUCAUUGUGAAUCAUCAUGACAACUACUGGAUGGAAGGACGUGUGUUUUGCAGAAGACGGAUGUCGUGAGCACAGAGAUGAACACAAAUCCUUGCAAUUGGACAAAAUGAAAGCUGUGCUAGAAAAAGCUCAACCAUAAUAAUCUUUAACAGGCCUCAAGGCUUCAGGAGCAGUUUGAUUAAAUGUCUAUUGCUUCUCACACCAGCUUUAAACGUCCUCGUUGAAAAUAACUCUGGAUUAGUUCUUUAAUCCAGUACAAAUUUGCUGUCAUCAAUUCUGCUUUUAUGAUGUAAACUAUAUAUAUUAUAGCAGAGCUUUUCAACGUUUUUCAGACCGAGGACCCCAACUGAUGUGUUCUAUUAUAUGUGUUAAACUAGUGCUAUUUAUAAAUAUACAUUAUUAUUAUCAUCAUUUUGCAUUCAAUAUUAAGCUAUCCCUUAUCCCUUUACUAAAAUAUGUUGGAUUCAUGUUAAUGUGUAUUUAAAGAAAUUUAAAUUUGUUGGGGAAAAUUAUAUAUAUAUAUUGCGGUACCUCCGUGGACCCCGCGGUUUCAUGACCUAUGUAUUAAAGAAUGAAUUUUUAGCACUAAGAUCAACAAAGUGUUGUACUAGACCAAGUUUUAUUCAGAGCUGAUCUCUAGUUUGCACAUUGCUGACAAUCCCAGCAAAAACUGCACAUUAUGAGAUUCAUGAAAGUAGAAUAUGUACUAGACUUGUUUUUUUGGAUUGCACUUAGCCUCUACAUGGUAGAUCUGUGGUUAUAUGUAGUUUUACAAGUAUUAAUGAUUAAAAGCUAGAUUUUCUAACAUCAUGCUGCCGCUAAAGUAUGCAUUUUAGUUGUUUUGUGCUCAGCUGUUUACCAAAAAGGAAUAAAACAGCUUUAUUUAAAAAA